AUGGCCGAAUCCGUUGGUAAGCAAGUGCUCUCUGCAGUGACGGAGGGGCAUCACCAUUUUCAUCAGCAACAGCAGCACCAGCAGCAGCCAAUCAGCAACAAAUCACAAUCGCAGCAGCACCAUCGGAAAGACGCCACCGUCGGUAGCGGUAGUAGCCAUAGCGGUGUGGUGAGUGCCAGUGACAAUCGUCGCUCUAAGCCGACGAAAGCGGGAUCCGGCGCCACGAAGGGAGGUGCAGCGAACAGUGGCAGUGGUGGCGUCCAGUCGGCAACCUCCAGUCGGCACCAGCAGCAGUACCAUCAAUCGCAAACGUCGACGUCGAAAGCGUCGUCCAAGCGAAAGCACAGCCUACCGAACGUAGUCGGUUCCACCGACUUGCAUCCCGCCGCGAAGCGACAAUCGCUAAACGCGAAGGGUGGCGGCCGAGCAACGUCCCCAUCAGCCGCCUCCGUUCCCGUAGCUUUCCGCACACGCUCCCGAACUACGUCCAAAGAAACGGUCUUCUCCGGCACCGCCACCGAACCAGGAUUUGAUCUCAGGAAGCAGCAGGAAGCAGCUCCGGAACGUACCACUUCCCCAUCGGCAGCGCGACUAGUGGACGGAAGAAACAGUCGCAAAAAACCGGCCGCCGAGUUGUUGGAGCAGAAAAGCGGCAGUAGGUCAGCGGGUACAGGAGCAUCAGCCAAAGUAAUUAUCGACUGUAUCAAACAGCAGGAGCAUCAGCCUACCGGCAAAGCAUCCCCACAUCGACGGUCCAAACCAAGAGGGCGGCUACAGGUGGUGUCGUCCAGUAGCGUGGCGUUGGACGAAAGUGCGGGUAGCAUUGUCCGCAAUUUGCGCUCCCACCAUCACCAGCAGCAGCAGCAUCUAACGUUAACGGCCUCCGUCAGCGAGUCGGGGCACGUCACUGGGGCACAGGUUUCUGCGUCCGGCGACUGUAGCGGUGCCUUGCAGCCACGGGAAGACGUUUAUAUCUUACCGGAAGCUUUUCUCAGUGCUGCUAGCAGCAGCAGCUCGUCAACCGGUGGUGCACAAGUGCCCAAAAAGCGCCAGAAAGUGGGGGGGGACCACCACCACCAAGAAGUCGCGGGCAAUCAUAAGGCCCCGAACCUGGGUGCGCGUUUAGCAGGACGUAGUAGCGGUGGUAGGGAGCAGCAGCCUCAACAGCAGCAGCAGCAGCAGCUACAUCACCAUAGCGGCGGUCAUCAUCACCCGGCCAGCAGCAGCAGCACUACCAACAGCAGCCACAGCCACACCACGCAGGCACAGGGCCGCAGUGGGUUGCUGAGGCGCAGUUCUCGUGGCAAAAGUUCACACUCAUCCGCAACCACGGGGUCUUGCGUUAGCUCGAAUCCGACCAACAACCCCUACCAGCCGCAAGCAACAACGCAACAGUCCUCUUCCCGGUCCUCUGGAAGCGGCGGCGGCGCCGGCGCCGGCGGCCACCAUCAUCAUCACUAUCAGCAGCAGCAGCACCAUCAUCAUCCGCACCGUGGUGUUGGUGGUGGCGCGGGCGUUCUGCUCAACGCAGCCGCAGGGGGCGUGAUAGCAGCGGGCACCGCCGCAUCAUCGUCAUCGAAGGGAGCGAAGGUCACUUCCUCGAUUCUUCUGGCAACCAGUUUCGAUAGCACGUCGUCGUCGGGUGGUGGCGGCGGGUUGGUUGGCGGACCGUCCACCUCGAAUGCCAUGGCCAACGAUGGCUCUCGCAACAGCAACAAUAACAACGAUGGAGGACAGCAUCAUCAUCCGCAUACGCAGCAGCAACAGCAGCAACCUCAGCAGUCGCAGCAGCACGGCGGAUCGUCAUCGGGAAGUUCCAUUCCAUUCAUAAAACUCCACAAAGCCACACUGGGGGGAGGCACAUCGUCGUCCUCAUCGGCCGCCGCCGCCGGCGGGGGAGCGUCUUCCUCGUCGUCCGCUGGCAUCGUGGAUGUCAACAUGUUGAACGCAACCACCGGAGUGGCAUCCGCAUCGACAUCGUCCGCCUCGGGUGGAGCCGGAGCAGCAACCGUUCCACCGCCCCAUCCCGAUUCCGAGAGUGACGAUAGCGAGGUGGGCCGUUUGCAGGCGCUGCUGGAAGCGCGCGGUCUCCCGCCACAUCUGUUCGGGGCGCUUGGGCCGCGGAUGCACCACUUGCUACACCGCACGAUGGGUGCCAACAGUAGCUCGUCGAAAGCGCAGCAGCUACUGCAGGGCCUGCAGUGUCCGGACGAGAGCCAGCAGCUACAGGCCGCCAUCGAAAUGUGCCAAAUGCUGGUGAUGGGCAACGAGGACACACUGGCCGGGUUCCCGAUCAAGCAGGUGGUUCCGGCGCUCAUCACCCUGCUGCGCAUGGAGCACAACUUUGACAUCAUGAACAAUGCGUGCCGCGCGCUGGCGUACAUGCUCGAGGCCCUGCCCCGCUCAUCAGGCACGGUCGUCGAUGCGAUCCCGGCGUUUCUCGAGAAACUCCAGGUGAUCCAGUGCAUGGACGUGGCGGAGCAGAGCCUGACGGCCCUCGAAAUCCUGUCGCGGCGCCACAACAAAAGCAUCCUGCAGGCGAACGGGGUGUCGUCGUGCCUCACAUUUCUCGACUUCUUCUCCAUCAACGCGCAACGGGCGGCACUGGCCAUCACGGCUAACUGCUGCCUUAAUCUGCACGCCGAAGAGUUCCACUUUGUGAAGGGCUCUCUGCCGCUGCUGGCCCGCCUGUUGGCGCAGCACGACAAGAAGAGCGUCGAGAGCAUCUGCACGGCGUUCUACCGGCUGGUCGAUAGCUUCCAGCACGAUCAGACCACGUUGCAGGAGAUCGCCAGCAUGGAGCUGCUGAAGAACUGCCAACAGUUGCUGGUGGUCACCCCGUCGGUGCUCAACAGUGGCACGUUUACGAACGUGGUGCGCAUGCUGAGCGUGAUGUGUGCCAACUGUCCCGAUCUGGCCAUCACGCUGCUGAAGAGCGACAUUGCCGCCACGUUGCUGUACCUGCUGACGGGCACGGCGGAACCAUCGGCGGCGGCCGAUGUCGAGCUGGUGUCCCGCAGCCCCUCGGAGCUGUACGAAAUCACGUGUCUGAUUGGUGAGCUGAUGCCGCGCCUGCCGACGGACGGUAUCUUUGCGGUGGACGCGCUGCUGGAGCGAACGCAGGCCGCGGUGCAGGAUGCGGUGCAGUGGCAAUGGCGCGACGAUCGUGGCGUUUGGCGCCCGUACUCGUCCAUCGAUUCGCGUAUGAUUGAAGCGGCGCACCUCAACUCGGACGACGAGAUCAGUCUGAGUACGCUCGGGCGCACUUACACGAUCGACUUUCACACGAUGCAGCAGAUCAACGAGGACACCGGGACGACCCGCUCGGUGCAGCGGAAGAUCAACCACCAGCUGCUGGCUCAGCAGGGUGCGGCCGCGGCUGCCGCUGCGGCUGCGGCAGCAGCCACUGCCGUCAUUAUAAUUCCCACCACCGGUGGAGGACCAACGUCGGUUGCUGCGGUGGGCGGAGGAGGUGGUGAAGGCUCUUCGGGUGGCACCGAUAGUUCGGUGGCUACGAGUGGAGCUGGUGGCGUGGCAACGACGGGCUGCGUCAACUUGGCCACACGGCCACCGAAUGCACAGCGGGAUGCAAGGAUCGCUUGCCUGAAAGAGGAGCGUGGCUUGGCGGCCGAAUUCAUCCGGAGCCUUUUCUCGGUACUGUACGAAGUGUACAGUUCCUCGGCGGGGCCCUCGGUGCGCUACAAGUGUUUGCGCGCACUGCUCCGGAUGGUGUACUUCGCCAACGGGGACCUGCUGCGGGAUGUGCUCAAGAACCAGCUCGUUUCGUCGCACAUCGCCGGCAUGAUGGCUUCGAACGAUCUGCGCAUCGUCGUCGGGGCGCUGCAGAUGGCGGAGAUUUUGAUGCAAAAACUGCCCGAGGUGUUCGGCAUGCACUUCCGACGGGAGGGCGUGAUGCACCAGAUCAACCAGCUGACCGAUCCGUCGAUUCCGAUCUGUGCCGCACCGUCACCCAAACCAUCGACCGGUUCGCAAAGUGCACCGGCGUCGGCUACGCUGAAUCCGGGCCCCGGAACGAUGACGUUCGACUUUGACAGCAGCGCCAUUGCGUCCAGCUCGAAGGCCGGACCAGGAAUGGUGGCCAUCGGAGGCAGUGGCGGAGGCUCGCACGUGAAGAACCUGUCCUCGGCGAUGAUGAUGGCCGCCAGCAGCAAGAUGGGCCACCACCACCACCAACACCAUCAUCAUUCGUCGACGAGCACGCUUCUGCAUUCGGCCGUACCGACGAUGGUUCAUUCGGCGGUGGCCGCAGGCACUAGCAGCAGUGCGCCGGCCAGCGGCGGAAGCUAUAUGGCGGCCAUUAAUCUGAACAAGUCCACUUCCACGAUGCAACAUCAUCAUCACCAUCACGUGGCGCAACCUCAGCAGCAGCAGCAACAGCACCAUCAUGCGGCGCUGGUCAAUGCGCAUGGCGGCGCCCCGCAGCUGGUUCCGGCCAAUUUGCGCCUCGAGGUGCCCGCCGGCCCGCAGGGUGUGCCAGUGGCCGGCACCUCCAUCGUGACGGCCACCGUAACGACUACGAGCAAUGGCAACAUUCUGUUGAAUGCUAUCUACAACAACUCGGCGACGAUGAAUCCGGUGCAUCAGCUGCAGCAGCAACACAGUGCUCACCAUCAGCAUCAUCAGCAUCAUCAUCAGCAGCAGCAGCAGCCACCAGCCCAGCAGCACCACGUGCAUCUACCGCAGCUUCCACCGCCACCACAUAUCUACCAGCCACCGCACCAUUUUUCCGAUGCGUUCGGUAACUACGGUUCCUCCGUGUCUGCAGAUCAAGCCAAUGUGGCGCUGCUGACCUCGUCCGCGUCGGCGUCUGCAUCGGGCGGAGCGACCGUUCCCGGCGGAGUUCCGAGUGGAAGCGGCAACAACGCGGUGGCAGUAACCGUCGCUGCGCCGUCAACACCUCACGGGGGUCAGCUUAAAAUGUCCGACAUUCUCAAGCGAAAGGUGCCCCCCAAGCGGAAGUCACAGGGCAGUUCCAAGUCUAAAUCGCGGCACGACGACGGCCACGGUGCGGUAGCCGGUAGCAGCUCCACCUCGGCCGGCAGUGCGGCCGGUGCCACGGGCGCCGGAUCAUCGUCGGUGAUGCAAGAGCUGAUCAACAAAGCAACGACGAUAGGUGGUGGCAGUAGCAGUGGCGGCGGCGGAGGGUCUUCGUCCUCCGGGCGGCACACCCCGUCGUCGGGUGGCGGUGGCUCCUCGUCGCGAUCGCGCUUUACGGGCGCAUCGUCCAAAACGACCUCCUUUUUGGCCUCGCUCAAUCCAGCCCGCUGGGGCCGUCAGUCGUCGUCGUCUUCGUCGGCAUCCACGUCGCACGCUGCGUCCGCCUCUUCUUCGUCUUCGACGGCGUACGGUGCAAAGGAUGGCAGUGGUGGAGCUGGAAAUGCGCUCAACAAAAGCCACUCGAACUCGAACCUCAUCGCGGCCGGUAAUCGCGAGAAAGCUCGCCAGUGGAUCCGCGAUCAGGCAUUGCUGUUUGUGGGUCGCUAUUCGGGCGACGAAUCGGCCGGUGGACCGAAUGGUUGCAUGGGAGCCGAAGGACCGGGUGGUGGGCCACUGCAGCAGCAUCCGGCGUGCACCAUCCUGACCCGGCUAACCGCCGCCAUCCGGAAGCUAGACGGGCGGACGGACGAGUGUCUCGGUGCGCUGCAGGAGCUGCGCGACAUUCUGAUGGAAAGUGACAUCUCGCCCUUCGAGGUGAACCAUUCCGGGCUGAUCCGGGCCAUGCUGACGUACAUGGCGAACGACGACAAUCUGCUCGUGGCCCGCCCGAACCGGCUGCGCAUGUUUUUGCACGUGUUUGCCGGCCUGCCGUUGGAUGGCAACUUUUCGCACCUCGGCGGAGGGCCGACGGCAGCGCCACCGUCAAUGAACGGGGCCGCCUUCAGUGCGCUCGUGGCCAAGCUGAACGGAUGCGUCACGCAGCUCGAGCAGUUCCCGGUGAAGGUGCACGACUUCCCCGCCGGUGUCGGUGGGCGAUCGAACACAAGUGCACUUAAAUUCUUCAACACCCACCAGCUGAAGUGCAACCUUCAACGCCAUCCGGAAUGUACAAAUUUGCGUCAGUGGAAGGGCGGCACGGUGAAGAUCGAUCCGCUCGCGCUGGUGCAGGCCAUCGAACGGUAUCUGGUGGUGCGCGGUUACGGCGGAAUCCGGGUCGACAGCGAGGAGGACUCGGAGGAGGACAUCGACAACAUUGACGCAGCGGCCAUGAUCUCGAUGGGCGGCUGCAAGCACAAGCUGCAGUUUUUGAUCGGCGAGCACAUCCUCCCGUACAACAUGACCGUCUACCAGGCCAUCCGCCAGUACUCGCCGCUGGUGAACGAUCAGUCGGAAACGGACACCGACACGGAAACACCGAUCGGAAGUGCCAGUAUCUGGGUUCAACAGCAUACGAUCUACUACCGCCCGGUGGAGGAGGAAUCCGGGUCGGGCUCGUCGAGCAAGGGGGCCUCGGGUUCGUCGCGCAAGAAUAGCAAAAAUUCAUCGCAAUCUAAAAUCAUGCGUCGCAAGCCCGAGUUUUGGAUCGACGGUCAAGUACCGGCGAUCGUCUCUCCGCUCGUCAUGUUCCUUACGCCGAAGCUGCCCGAGGUCGUCACGGUGCAGGACGCAUCGCUCGAUGCCCUCUGUAUGCUGCGCAUCAUCAACGCGCUCAAUCGGCACUGGGCCACCCUUUACUUCUCCGUUCCGCAGGUGCCGAUCGUCCCGCAGGCAGAGUUUAUUCACUCAAAGAUCGCGGCCAAGGCAAGUCGCCAGCUGCAGGAUCCGUUGGUGAUAAUGACUGGCAACUUGCCACAGUGGUUGCAGCAGGUGGCGGUGGCCUGCCCGUUCCUGUUUCCGUUCGAAACGCGCCAUCUACUGUUCUACGCCGUGUCGUUCGAUCGCGACCGGGCGCUGCAGCGUCUGCUCGACACAACCCCUGAUCUCAACUCGGCCGACACGAACGAACGUGUGACACCGCGUCUCGAUCGUCGGAAGCGGGCCAUCUCUCGGGACGACAUUCUCAAGCAGGCCGAAUCCAUCAUUCAGGAUUUUGGCCACUCGAAGGCACUGCUUGAAAUUCAGUACGAAAACGAGGUCGGCACGGGAUUGGGACCCACGCUCGAGUUCUACGCGCUCGUUUCGACGGAACUGCAACGCUGUGAUUUAGGUUUAUGGAACGAUAGUGAUAGCUACAAGAACAACAACAACCAGCAGUCGACCUCGAUCGCGGACAACAUUGUCAAAACGUCGAUGAGUGGCGGGACCCUCGAGGAUGUCGACACGGCGGCGGCGGCCCAUGAGCGAUCGUCGCUCGGCUCCAACCGCACGGGCACGGACUCGGAAGCAGCUGCUGGUGGUGGUGGCGGCGGCGGUGGUAGCGAUCUCAGUGGUAGCACCUUCUUGAUCAGCAAUGACAAUUCGCUCAACAUGCUGAUCGAACAGUCGGAUGCAAUGCUACACCUAAACCAUCCGCAGCAGGCCGAACUCGAGAACAACUCGACUCCUCCGCCCAUGGCAGCACCGCCACCGGCUUCGUACGCCGAUGUAGAAGGUGGUCUAAUGACGCCUCUGUCGGGUGCUGGGCUACCGAACACGGAGGGGGCCGGAAGUCCGGCUACGGCCGGUGGCACCGUUGUGUACGUUAAUGCACCGCGUGGGCUGUUCCCGAUCCCGCUCAGCAAGACUGCCAAAACGUCGCAGCUGUCGCGUCUGAAGCACAAGUUUAAGUUUUUGGGCAAAUUUAUGGCCAAGGCGGUCAUGGACAGUCGUAUGCUUGACCUUCCCUUCUCGAUACCGUUCUAUCGCUGGAUGCUGAGCGAAGAGAGCUCGCUCGGCCUGGCCGAUUUGGGCCAAAUUGCGCCGGAAGUGCAGGGCACCUUGCUGCGGUUGUACGAGAUCGUGAAGAAACGGGACCAUAUCCAGGCGGACCCAUCCUUGGAUGCAAUGGAAAAGACUGAAAAGAUCGAAGCAUUGGACUUGGACGGAUGUCCGAUAUCCGACCUGGGACUGGACUUUGUCCUUCCCGGGCACCCGAACAUCGAGCUGCGACGCGGUGGACGCGAUAUGGCGGUUACAAUCAGUAACCUGCAUCAGUACAUUACGCUCGUGACGCACUGGUUUCUGGCCGAAGGAGUUUCCCGGCAGUUUGAAGCCCUACGUGAAGGUUUCGAUUCCGUGUUCCCGAUGAACCGUCUGCAGAUGUUCUACCCCGAGGAGCUGGAGAAUGUGUUCUGCGGUUCGGGCAUCGGUGGACUGCUGCACCAGCAACGCUGGGACGCCCGCAUGCUGGCCGAGUGUUGCCGUACCGAUCACGGCUUCUCGCAAGACUCGCCGGCCAUUCAGUACUUUUUCGAAAUUCUCGCCACGUACACACGCGACGAGCAGCGACUGUUCCUUCAGUUCGUGACCGGCAGCCCCCGGUUGCCGACCGGUGGGUUCAAGUCGCUGACGCCUCCGCUGACGAUCGUGCGCAAGAAGAUGGACGGCAACCAGAACCCGGACGAGUACCUACCGUCGGUGAUGACCUGCGUCAACUAUCUGAAGCUGCCGGACUACUCGAACCGCGACGUGAUGCGCCAGAAACUGAAGACGGCCGCCAGCGAGGGUAGCAUGAGCUUCCACCUGUCCUAAGGGAGCGAAACCGCCAACAAUAUCUUUAAAUUUACUACAACUCGUGUCUCGUCUCGUGUUAGCUAUAUUACCGUAGAUGAACUGAUGCGAAACUGAUCCAGGUGCUGCAUGGGCUCUCAAGGGCGGCCACCAAAAGAACUCUAUACUAACACACACUUGUCUGCUACACUAGGUGUUGCCAUUGUAAAUAUUCCCCCGUUUUUUGUCUUCAACCCUCUUCUCUCAAUUCAUUAGCACACAAAUGAACGGAAAACAAUCACGCACCGCACGUGUAGUAAAGGCAAAUUCAGGAGUGUAUCGGGAGUGGCGUUGCUUUCGAAUAAAAAGCGCGGAACGCGAAUCAGCGAUGGUAGUAAAUGGUUGGAAGAAAGGUUACCACACAUAGGAAUCUUUCAAUGGCAAAACCCCCCACUGAACCCCCGGCUGUGCGCGUGUUGAGCAUCAGUGUUCCUGGGUGCAGUGUACGGGACCACCAUACCGCAGAAUGGGCGAGAAAAUACAACAAUCCGUAGCUUAAUAUGUGUAAGAUAAACGCGGUGGACGUAAAUGUGCAGGCGCAACACAGGAAGAGGCGCCUGUUCGAAACCGGACAGACCGGACCGGGCGGGGGCAGUAUAGUGAAGCCCGUCGGAGUCUAAACCCGUUGGCCAUCAUCGCGUGUGAGUUGUGUUUAGCUUUAAUUUGCCAUUCGAUUGGAACACAACGUUGCGCUUUUGUGGCAUCGUCAUGAUGGACCACGCUGCUUCCGAAGGACAGAAUUCAGAGUCACCCUUAAUCCCACCGUGCUCACUUGUGUAGCCUUGCGGCCGGUGGUGAGUGAUGUGAAGCAGGGCGCGGCGAGUGUCGGGCCGUUUCGUGGGUUAGUGCAAUUGCGCGUGGUGCACAAGGCGGAGCAAGUAACACUUUCGGUUACCGACGAGGAAUUCAUACGUGUGAGGAUCGGUGACUCACACACACACAAAUCGUGUGAAGCGAGAGUGGAUUGAUGUGAAUAAAUUUCGUUUAGUUGUAUGAUUUUUGCCUUUUUAACUUUUCGAUUUCCUGUGGGUUCACAACUCUGACCACAGCAUAUAGCAAUAAGAGCAAGUUUCCAGAAUCCACCGUAUGGAAGCGCCCGAAUAACCCCCUUGAUCGAUAGUGGAGAGUUCGUUACUAAAGCAAAGCAUUUUGGGGAGCAGCACACUGUGGGGGCGUUGAUCGGACCGGGUGACUCGUUCGAACUCGUGUGUGUGUGUGCAUUUCCGCGAGCUGAUCGCCCCGGUAGCAAGUGUAUGUCAUAAUUCCAACAAGGGGCAGCGAAAACGAUGUGGAUAGCGUUUAAGUGUAAUCACUGAAAGUAUAUUAAGUAUCAACUAUACAUAAAGAGCUAAUAAAACAG